GUCGCAAACGCCCUGAGGAAGCAGUGAGGAGAAGUUAAACCGGACAGGGAGACACGUUCAGUGUUGAUUUAUAUCGCAAAGAAUUAAUCAAAAAUGGCAGACCUGUGGGAAGACUUGCAAAGUGUUGCGAAUGCUGUUCCUGUUUCAUUCACAUCAGCGCCAGGGGAGCGAGGAACCAUUAAAGCCAAAUCUAACUUCAACGUCAGUGAAGAUGUUGCAGCUCUCCGUAAAGCAAUUGAAGGCAUAGGUACAACUGAGAAGACACUGAUAGACAUACUGACUCACAGGAGCAGCAGUCAGAAACAGGCUAUUUCAAAGGCAUAUGAAGAAACCACAAAGAGGAUUCUAGUAAAUGACUUGAAAGGCGACACCAGGGGCAACUUUGAAAAGCUGCUUGUUGCGCUCGCCAGAUCGCCUGCACUCAAUGAUGCUAAAUGGCUAAUCAAAGCAAUGAAAGGGGCUGGAACGGACAUCAACAUCCUGAUAGAAAUACUUGCCUCACGGACAAAUAAACAAAUCAAGGAGCUGUCUGCAGCAUAUGCUGAGAAAACAAAGAAAACGCUGAUACAGAACCUAAAGACAGAAGUUUCAGGGGAUUUUGGCAAAGCCAUCCUUCUGCUUGCUGAGGGUGCGAGGGAUGAAAGCACCAAUGUGAAUGCAGACAAGGCUAGAGAGGAUGCAAAGGCCCUCUAUCAUGCAGGCGAGAAGAGACUGGGAACUGAUGAGUCCAAGUUCAUCGAGAUCCUCUGUAAAAGGAGCAUUCCUCACCUGAGACAAACAAUAUUGGAAUAUAAAAACAUCAGUGGCAAGACUUUGCAAAAGAGCAUUGAGAAGGAAAUGUCUGGAAAAUUGGAGGAACUGCUGGUUGCCAUUGGUAAAUUUUUCAAUUAUGAAAUCAAAUGCACAAUAAGCAUUUGGUAUUAG